UAUAAAACGAGUAACUAAAAACAAAAUAUUAUUAAUUAAAAAAACAACGAUCGGCGCUCCACAAGAGAGCCAACGAACUCGGAGAGACAGAGAGAUUGGAGGAGGAGGAUGAGCCGCUAAUUUCGCAGAGAGAGCACGACAUGAGCAGCGGCACCGGCAGCGGAAGUAGCGGUAGCAGCAACCACGCGAGAGCGGUCCAUGGCGAGCAUCAAGACUGAGAUGCCGCCACUGCACGCGGCAGAGGCGCUCGCCGCCAGCAGUGCCACCGACAGCGGCGGGGGAACGGGAGCGGGUGGAGGCGGGGGAGCUGGAGUCCCAGCGGCUGGUGGCGGAGGCAGUGCACCCGCCACGCCAAAUGCCACGAUCAGUGCCGCAGCCGAUUCUAGUGAUAACCAGCCAGGCACACCGCAGCCCCCGCAACAGCAGCAGCAACAGUCUCAGCAACAGCAGCAAUCACAAGGACAACAGCAAUCCCAGGGCAUGGAUUCCCAACAGCAGCAGCAGCAGCAGGUUACGGGCAUAACCCAUCAGCCCUACGCCACCCACAACAUGUAUUCCGCCUCCAGCGGACAGCAGCAGGCCCAGCAGCAGCAACUGUACGGCGGACUCUACGGAGCCGACAUGCAGCAGCAGCAGCAGCAACAGCAACAGCAGCAAGGCUACGCCAGCAGCUACAUCAACAGUUACGAGCAAUUCUAUCAGCAGCAGCAGCAACAGGGCACGGACUAUGCCUUUGGCUUGGACUACGGCAAAAGCGCCGGAUUGCGCUACCAUCCGUACCUGCAAACACCCACAUCGGGUCUCGGCGGCAUGCCGGCGGCCAGUGUUGCCGCCCAGGAGGAGUCGGUGAGCGCACCGAGUGCCGUUAGCACCACCACGGCGGCCAUGAGCCCACGUGUGGUUAGCAGCAGCAGUCCCACGUCCACCUCAUCGCACCUGCAGCUGGGCAGCGCCAGCGGUCAGACCCCAGGCUCACCGGGUGGCGCUGGCAACGGCGGUGCCGGAUGCAAGCUGCAGUGCAAGAAAUGUGGCAUCCUCACCACCAACGAGUCGGAGCUACAGGAACAUAUUGCCAAUGUGCAUGGUGAGUCGCCAUAUGGAAGCAGUGGCUAUGCCAGCUCACCGUACAUCAAGGAGGAGAUGCCAACGCCACAGCCACCGGGCGGUGUGGGCGCUGCAUCGGCCAAUCCCGGCGAACUGCUUGACUUGGAUUCGCAGAAGAUGGUCUACCACCAGCAGCUGCUCCAGCAGCAGCAGCAACAACAGCAGCAGCAACACGAGGCUGUCGCUGGUCUGCCGAUCGGUGCUCUGCCCGAUCCGCUUCACUCGAUGCAGUCCAUGCAGCAGCGGGCGCUUCAUAGUUGGGAGCAGCAGCCGCAGCAGACGGUGGCCUCAGUCGAGGGUCUGCCGCCCUACAUGCAGCAGGGCCUGGGCGUGGGUCUAGGCGUCGGUCUUGGCGUUGGUGGCGUGGACAAGUCCCCCUACUACUCACCCAAGCAGUCGCCGUACCAUCAGUCCGCCGGCGUCGGCGCCACGCUCAUCAAGCAGGAAUACGGCGGCCACGGACUGAUCAAGUCCGAGUAUCCAGACUCGCAGCAUUAUGUGGACAAGUCCUUUGAUCCCACGGCAGGCGGUGCCGGUGGUACUGGUGCGGAUCUGUGCGCCAGCGUGGCCACCAGUCCGGCGGAAUUCCCCAGUACCACCACCGGUGGACCGGGGCAAGAUGGUGUCGCCGGUGGAGCAGCGCCAGGCGGCGGAUAUCGCGGCUUCGAACCACCCAGCUCCAGUUCCGUGCUGCCGGCCAACAGCUUGACGGCCAAGGCGGCCACCUGGAAGUCGAAUGAGGCGCGCCGCCCCAAGACGUACAACUGCACGGCCUGCAACAAGUGGUUCACCAGCUCUGGCCACCUCAAGCGGCACUACAACACGACGCUGCAUAAGAAUGCGGUUAAGUCAAGCGGUCAGCCGGAUCCGGCUACUCUGCCCAUUUCGGCGCACCAUCAUCCAUCGCGGGAUCCGGUGACGAAGCCCAGUCGAAGGGGAACGGCAGCAGCAGCUGCUGCAGCCGCCGCUGCCGCUGCAGCCGCUGUCAAUCAGGGGCAGCAGGCACCGGCGCCACCGCCGCCAGUUAAUGUACCGCCACCAGAGCCACCCAGAAGUCCGCCCGACUAUGGAGGGGGAGGAGCGUUGGGCGUGGGGGCGUUGGGCGGCGCUGCCAUGUCCCAGUACUCGGCCUCGCCUUCGCCCACCACGCAGCAGCAGCAGCAGCAUCACCUCCAUCAUCAGCACCACCACCAGCAGCAGCAGCAGCAGCAACAGCAGCAGCAGCACGCCAAUGGAUAUGCCAAUGGCACCGCCAAUGGCUAUGGCUACAUGCAGCAACAAGUGCAAUCCACGACAAACGCUUCACCACAGCACGCUUCCAACAACCAGCAGCAGCAGCAGCAGCAGCAACUACAUCAGCAGCAGCAACAGCAGCAGCAUCAUAACUCCGUUUUGAACGGUCACCCAAACGGGCUAGCAGGUCCCUCCGCCCCACACAACAACAACAACAACAACACCACCCAAAUGCCGUCCUCCAAAAUGAGGGGCCUGCUGAACGAAACAACAAUCACACCGCCAAUCAAAACAACAACAACCCGAGCACCACAAACAACAACAACAGCACUAGCAGCAACAGCAGCAACGGCGGCGGAGGCAACCACAGUUGCUAUAAAGAGCGAACAAAUGGAGGACAGCAACCACACCCACACCCACACCCAUCCCAAUCCCAAUCACAGUCACAGUCAGGACAGCAGCAGCAGCUCAAUGGCCACGGAGGAGGCGGAGGAGCUGCAGGAGGAUCAGGAGGAGGAUCCGGAUCGGGCGGGAGAUCACCUGCAGCGGCAGCAGCAGCAGGAGCAGCAAUACCUGCUGGCGGCGCGCCACUAUCACAGCAGCACGCCCAACACGCUCAGCUGCAGCAGCAACAGCAGCACCCACAGCCACAUCAAUCCCAGCACGCCCAGCAGCAGCAGCAGCAACUCGCCCCUUACUAUUUACCAGCAGGAGCCGCCGGCAACGGAUUUCUCGCGCACCACAACGCCGCCGCAGCCGCUGCCGCCUAUGGUAAUGCUGCCGCCUAUGGCAAUGGACUACAACAUGCUGGCUUUGGAUAUGCCCACGCACAUGCACACGCUCAUGCCCAGCAGUAUGCUGCAGUGCAGCAGCACCAGCACCACGCCGCUAGCUACUACCACCACCACCAGUAUGCAGGACACUAUGCCGCUGCCGCAGCAGCAGCUGGUGCACCAUUACCACCAGGCGGUGCUCCACCCGCACCAGCAUCAGUUGCAGGCGGAUCAGCAUCAGCGGUCGGAGGAGGAACCACAUCAGCAGCGGGAGCUUCACCAACUGGAUCAGCAGCAGCAGCAGCAGCCGCCGCAGCAGCAGCCGCAGCAGCAGCAGCAGGAGCUAAUCCUGGCGGACAAUUUGCCGCACAGCAGCAGUUCGCCGCACACCAGCAGCUCCCCGCCGCCCACCAUGGGCAUGCCCAUGCCGCUCACCACCACCACAGCGCCGCAGCUGCUGCCGCUGCAGCUGCAGCCGCCGCCGCCGCCGCACAUCACCAGCACCAUGCCCAUGCCGCCCACCAUGCACAUGCCCAUCAUGCCGCCGCCGCCGCCAUGCUACCAGCAGCUGCAGCCGCUGGACCCCACAAUGAGCUAUCACACUAUUAUUGGUAGUGGGUCCGAGGCGCACACCGGUGCUAGUGGCUAUGCGUCCAAUCAGAUCACCACCAGCGAUGGCCAGAUCCUGCAGCUGAUGCCAGCCUCUCUAUUUGCACCAUAUGCCCCGCUCUCGCCGUACUCGGUGGCCGCCCAGCGGUCGCCGCAGGAGGGUGACCUGCCGCCAGUGCAUACGCUAACCACGGCGUUGCAUGCCCAUCAGCAGGGUGGGCAGCAGGAGGCACAGACACCGGCAACGUUGACGGUGCUAUCCACACCCUACUCGCCCACGGUGAGCAGCUCGCGGGCCACUCCGGCUCUGGAAAUGGAUAUGGCCACGCUUAUCCAGCAGCAGCAGCAUCAGCAGGAGUACGAGAUGGAGCAGUAUCAGUUGCAGCAUCAUCAGUUGGAACAGCUCCAACAGCAGCAGCAACAGCAACAUCAUCUCGAGCAGCUUCAGCAGCAACAGCAACAGCAGCAACAACAGCAGCAACAGCAACAUCAGCAGCAACAGCAGCAGCAACAUCAGAACCUCUCGGAGCCAACUCAAUCCCUGGGGCAACCGCCAGCAAAGAAGCGACGCGGUGCCACACCCUCAACCACGACGAAGCGACGAAGGAAUAGCAGCGUUGGCUCCACAUCACCGCACUCGACCACUCUGCCAUCGGGACGAAUCAAGUGUCUGGAGUGCGACAAGGAGUUCACCAAGAACUGCUACCUCACGCAGCACAACAAGAGCUUCCACUCCGGUGAGUACCCGUUCCGCUGCCAGAAGUGUGGUAAGCGUUUCCAGAGCGAGGAUGUCUAUACCACGCAUCUGGGUCGUCAUCGCACCCAGGAUAAGCCGCACAAGUGUGAGCAGUGUCCCAAGCAGUUCCAUCACAAGACCGAUCUACGGCGUCAUGUCGAGGCAAUUCACACGGGGAUUAAGCAGCAUAUGUGCGAUAUUUGUGAGAAGGGUUUCUGCCGCAAGGAUCACCUGCGGAAGCAUCUCGAGACCCACAACCGUCCCAGGGUGGUGGGCAAGAAGUCAGCCGCUGCUGCCGCCGCCGCUGCAGCCGCUGCACAAGCAGCAACAGCAGCAGCAGCAGCAGGAACAGCCGCCACCGGUGUGUCAGCUGCUGGAGCAGCUACUGCUACCUCUGGGUUACCUGGUACCAUUAAGGCAGCCUUUGCACGCUCCCUGACGGUGACGGCUGUGCGGGGUGGAAUGACAGUUCCACUAACCGCAGGAGGAGUACCUUCAUCCGCUGUCCCGGUGAAUCCAAGUCUUAAUCCCGGCUUGAGUCUGAAGCGGCACAUUGAUGAUGUGGCCGCCGAUGAUGAUAGUCUGCUGGAGGAGGACGAGGAGGAGGAUGAGGAGGAGAUGGAGAUGGAAAUGGAGAUGGAUGAGGAGGAGAGGGAGCUGGGCGACUAUCAUCCGAUGAUGGUCAAGGGUGAGGAGGAGUUCCAGUUGAUAGAGAAGAGCAUAGAGUUGUACUGAGCCAAAAAAGCUGGGUUUUGAAAUGCUUCAGGCUUUGGAGGGGAAUGAGAGCUCCACCAGAGGCAACUGAGCGCAGUCCGAGGUGCUCGAGGCGGCAGCUCCUCCGGUUGACGCUGCAGUUGAGUUGUCCUUUAAUGACUUGGAUCACAUUGACGUGAUCUUUAUCCAUGUUUCCAGUUGCCCAAUUCCAGUUUCGUGUUUGAUUUAGUUUGAACAUUAAGAGAAAACACAAUUUAUUGCUGGCCAGGCAAUGAUUCGCUGUUUUAUAUAGCCUUUUGUAUAUGUUUUUUUAUUUUUUAAUUUGAUACAAAGCCGCAGCAUUUCAAUAACUUGGACAGGCCACUCCUUUUUUAUUUUGUUGGUGCCAAUCCCGAUCCCCGCCAGAAACACAACCACAACCAGAACCAAUUCAUUCCCAUGUAAUUAGAGUUUCUUAUUUUUUUUUUUAUUUGUAUUGCCAUAAGCGUCGUAGGGAGGAGAGGGGGAGAUUGAUUGAAAGACAGCCCAGAAUUCCUAAUUGUUGUUAGCAGCAAAUUAUUUAAUUUUAUUUGCAUGUUAAAAAUUGUAUUAUUAUUUGUAUUUU